GCCCUCACACCCAGCCGGGGGCCCCAUAAGAAGAGGAAGGAAACGGGGGCGAAUAUACACACCCGAGCAUGAAUGGACAGAGCUUUUUAUUUAUUUAUGAGAGGAAAACCAGUGAGGAACAACAAUGCUAAAUCCCGACAAGGAAAUACAGCUCCCUUGUGUUGUUGAAGUGGGCACGUUGUCAACGGAGCAGCUGCUGACAUCAUGUGAAUAAGACAGUGCCCAGACCACAUUUUGACGGAGGGGCUGAGAGGCAGAGAGCAGCAGCAGCAGCAGGGCAAAGAGCUGAGGCACACACUAGUGGUACGGUGCUCUCAGCGUGCGACACUCAGCGCAGCGCGGUGAAUGGAUUUGGAUGAAUUGGCUUGAAGCGGUCGUAGCUCGUUGGCUCUCUACAGCAGGGAGAAGUGACUCCUAAUCACUUGGGUGUAAUGAGAGCGCUGGUCAUGGACAGAUGAUGGACGUGGAGGCGACGUCGUACUCAGACUUCAUCAACUGUGAUCGCACAGGCCGCAGGAACGCAGUGCCCGACAUCGCAGGCGAGGGGAAGGCAGGGGCCAGCACCAGUGAACUCACCAAAGACCUGGCAGAGAUGGACCUGAAGGCUGCAGGAGAGCCGGGGGCCUCGCCAGCCCCUGCGGCCGAGGGCUCCACUAGCCAAGACGCCCAGGGAGGUGGAGGCCCGUCCUAAACUCAUCCGGAGGCCGAAGGGGGGCAGAGUCAAGGAGUGAUAUGUAGAUUUGGAAGCAAGUGAAAGUGGAGAGAUGGGGAAAAAAAGGAAAUGAAAGAGUGUUUAUUGGUCCUAACCGGACACGAGGACACCUUCGCUCACUGCCGGCUUGUUUGGAGCUCUCGGCGGCCCGAAUGCACGACUUUUUAUUGGAUCCGAUUGUAACACGGGGAACAGAACAGAACAGAACAGAGUAGAACAUGACAGUUGAGAUGCUGCUCUUUUGCUUUGUACUCUGUUAGUCAUUUAUAUUCCUGACGCGACAAGAAAGCACAGAAAACUUUGGAUGUCUGUGGAGAUGGAUGGAGCUGAACUGAAUACAUUUAUAACACUCGAAACAUCGUUCCAGCCUAAUAUGGAACUGUGUCAUGGAGGGCGUAUUCAUAAUCAUCUGUUUGUCAUUUUCUUUCUUUCUAUGUAUGUGUGUGUGUGUUUGUGACCCUCUUGUUCUAUUUCAUUGUCUUUUCUUUUCUUUCUUUUUUUUUUUUAGUACAAAGCAUAGUCACCAUUAUACUGUCGUGUAUGGACUUCAUAUUUAUUGCUAAAUGUUAAGUGAUAACUUUGUGAUAGCAAUUUUCUUUGUGUAAUAAAAUACUUAUGA